GAGAGAGAGAGAGAAGAGAGAGCGAGAGAGGGAGCUUGUGUACUGGGGACAUAGAAAGAGAGAGGCUUUUUGUUGUUAUUGUGUUGAAAUGGUUGAAUUGGAAAAUACCCAGAAAGCAUUGUGAUUGUUUAUUUCGUUUUUCGGAUGUGGAUUUUGCACUACUGUCUGUGAUCUUGUAAACCGGGAAAGCGAUCUUCGAUACGCUGAUUGGAUUGCUGGAAAUUUUGGGGUUUGGGUAAUUUGGGCCGUUGUUGAUUCGAUUCUGCUUGUGUUUGAGAAAUGAACGUUGGCGAUGAGGUCGUCGCUGCAGCUCCAGGGGGUCCUCCACCGCCUCUGGAGUGGAAAUUCUCUCAGGUCUUCGGCGAGCGUACAGCCGGUGAAGAAGUUCAGGAAGUUGACAUUAUUUCUGCUAUUGAAUUUGAUAAAAGUGGCGACCAUCUUGCUACUGGUGACCGUGGGGGCCGGGUGGUUCUCUUUGAGAGAACAGAUUUGAAAGAUCAUGGUGGCUCCAGAAGGGAUUUGGAGAGGAUGGAUUAUCCAACUAGUAGGCAUCCUGAGUUCCGUUACAAAACAGAGUUUCAGAGCCAUGAACCUGAGUUCGACUAUCUGAAGAGUUUGGAAAUAGAGGAGAAAAUAAACAAAAUCAGAUGGUGCCAAACAGCCAAUGGUGCCUUGUUUCUUCUAUCUACUAAUGAUAAAACAAUUAAGUUUUGGAAGGUCCAAGAAAAGAAGGUGAAGAAAAUUUCAGAAAUGAAUGUGGAUCCUUCAAAAGCUGUAGGAAAUGGCAGUCUUGCUAGUUCAAGUAAUUUGAGUAGCCCUAAAACGUUUCUUGCAAACGGAGGAUGCCCAGACAGAUCAUUCAGUUGUCUGAGCAAUGAUAUUUCAUUUCCACCAGGAGGCAUUCCCUUGUUACGAUUGCCUCAGGUAACUAGCCAUGAGACUAGCCUAGUCGCUAGAUGUCGAAGAGUGUAUGCCCAUGCUCAUGAUUAUCAUAUCAAUUCAAUUUCAAACAACAGUGAUGGUGAAACUUUUAUUUCGGCUGAUGAUCUGCGAAUAAAUCUUUGGAACUUGGAAAUUAGCAAUCAAAGUUUCAAUAUUGUUGAUGUGAAGCCUGCAAACAUGGAAGAUUUAACCGAGGUGAUAACAUCAGCAGAGUUCCACCCUACCCAUUGUAAUACGUUAGCCUACAGCAGUUAAGGCUCCAUUCGACUCAUUGAUUUGCGCCAAUCCGCCUUGUGUGAUUCUCAUGCUAAAUUAUUUGAGGAACCGGAGGCGCCUGGUGCUAGAUCAUUUUUCACAGAGAUUAUUGCUUCAAUAUCGGAUAUUAAGUUCGGAAAGGAAGGAAGAUAUAUACUUAGCCGAGAUUACAUGACUCUUAAGUUAUGGGACAUCAAUAUGGAUUCAGGUCCAGUCCAAACCUUCCAGGUUCAUGAAUAUUUAAGACCUAAGCUGUGUGAUUUAUAUGAGAACGAUUCUAUCUUCGAUAAAUUUGAGUGUUGUCUGAGUGGUGAUGGAUUGCGGGUGGCAACUGGCUCUUACAGCAAUCUAUUCCGUGUAUUUGGUUCUGCCACUGGUAGUACUGAGGCAACAACCUUGGAAGCCAGCAAAAAUCCAAUGAGGCGACAAGUUCAGACUCCUUCUAGGCCUUCCAGGUCCCUGAGCAGUAGUAUAACACGAGUUGUCAGGCGUGGAGCAGAAAGCCCUGGGGUUGAUGCAAAUGGAAAUUGUUAUGAUUUCACAACAAAGUUGCUGCACUUGGCAUGGCAUCCGAACGAGAACUCAAUAGCCUGUGCUGCCGCUAACAGCUUGUACAUGUACUAUGCAUAAACACGGUCCAAGAAGAAACGUACUUUCUUGGCUAGCUUUUUUGGGUUGCUGCUGGAGAAGGUUUCCAUCGCUUUCCCACCAACCAGUCAAUUGGAGGCCACAUUAAUUCUGACACUUCAAGGUGCUUCUUGAACCUGUUGCAUAUGGUUUCAUUCUCAAGGUCCGGAAGUGGCUGUCACAGAAUUCACAAGGAAGAACCAACUUGAUUUUGUUCCUCCGGUGAGCAGCAUCUCCGUUUGUUCCCCCUCCCAACCCCGUUUUCCUUUUUUUUUUUUCCAUUUCUUAUCUUUUUCUCCUGCAUUUUCUUUAAAAGAGAAGAUGUGUGGGGGGUUGUGUCUGGAAAUUUGUGUUGGGUUGAAGUGGGAAGAAAAUGAGAUUGUAGCAGCUCACCUACAACAAAUCUAAAAAGGAUGUUCAAUAUUUGCCAUUAGGUUUUAAUUCUUACUGAAACAAUCAUGGUGGGAUUAGAGGUGUUGAAACUUGUAGUUCAUUUUUUUAUUGAUUCUUUGUCAUGCUUGAAAUUUCAUUAAGAAUGUUUAUUGUUUUUGUUGUAGCUUUCCAACUUUCUGUAAACUAAAGCAAAGCAAAUAAUUGCUGUAGCCUUCUCUUUGGAAAUGCAUGAGCCUCGUUCCCCUUUUUU